GCGCGCCAGGAACACGCCCAGCGCCUCCCAGCGCGGCCCGCUGCUGCAGGGCGACGGCUGCUUCCCGCUCUCGCCGAUGGCGAGCGACGUGGAGGACAUGGUCGGGUCGACGAGCCGGGACCAGAUGGCGCUGAUAUUGAAUUUGGUUGGCAGCCCGUCCGAGGAGGAGGUGGACGAGAUCGUGAGCAGCGCCGGCGGCGUGAUCGCGAAGACCGCCCGCAGGUACUUGCGAUCCUUCCCGCACCAGAAGCCCGCCAAUCUGGCGCAUCUGUUCCCCACGUCGUCAGAAGAGGCUCUGGACCUCCUCGAGAGGCUGCUUCGCUUCUCGCCGCAGCGCCGCGUCGGCGUGGAGGGCGCCCUCGCCCACGGCUUCCUCGCGGGGCUGCCGCCCCUCGCCCAGGAGAGGCUCGCCGAGGUCCUGAAGCCCGUCGAGCCCCUCGACUUCGAGGCAGAGGAGCUGGGCGUCGCGGCCCUGCGCCGGCUGAUCUGGCGCGAGGUGUGCGGCUUCUGCCCCCCGGCGCCCUCUGAGCGCGGCGCCCCGGCGAGUGCCGAGGCCCCCUAGGCACUUGCAGCUGCAAGACGUGUGAGGCUCCGAGUUUUCUGCGUUCGAUUGUACAGUUGUUGGUAGUUUUAGGCAUGUUCUGUCAUGUGGCGCGUUCGGAAACUAGUGCCGUUGCGUCGCGUGCCAGCAUUGCGCGCUCGAACUGAACAGACAUGGCGCCCGGCCCUGUCAGUUUGCUGUUUCUCACCCGCUCCGUGCCUUCCGCCAGCCCGGCAUCGCACUGGGUGUGCGUGGCUGGCCCAGCUUAUGCGUUCACGACUUGUUCUUCCUCAUCCUUGGACCACAUUGGGCGCGUUGCUCUGUUGUUUACGCAGGCUAUUUGUCUCACUUGUGUCGCAUCGGCACCAUUGCUGGUGGCCGAUUCUGCUGCGCGGGAG